AUGGCACCUCAACCAUCCUCUGUGACGGCCUUGUCAGCGCCUGGAAAGGUUCUGCUGACAGGUGGUUAUCUGGUUCUCGAUCGCAACUACACCGGAACUGUUUUUGCUCUUGACGCGCGCAUCCAUGUUAUUGUCCAGCAAUUAAGACGGGGUCACCGUCGCGGGGCUUCCGGGUCAGGACCGGAUCCUAAGGUCGCAGCUGCGACAGCGGAAGCGCAGUCGAAGCUGGAGGGAUCAGGUAUUGAUGAGACAGAGUCAGAGGAUACCAUUGUGGUGCGCUCCCCACAAUUCGUGGGUGCGGUCUGGGAAUACAAGAUUCAGCGAUGUGAGAACGGUGGUGGCGUUAAGGUUAUCCAGAAAGGCAAUGAACCCCGCAAUCCAUUCGUCGAAACCUCCCUAAGCUACGCGUUGACCUACAUAAGCUACGUUGCCGACUCGAAAGACUUCGGCUCGUUGUCAGUUACAAUUCUCGCUGAUAAUGACUAUUACUCCGAGACGGCUACCUCCAAGGGACCUGGCUCCCAGCUAAAGGGUGGUCGUUUUGUCAACUUCGGCGUCCCUCUCUUUGAGGCCCAUAAGACUGGUCUAGGUUCCUCAGCUGCCCUGGUGACAGCUCUUGUUUCUUCCCUGGUUAUUCACCGGACUAUGCAGGCGGAUGACCUCGGUUCAGGCCGUGACAAGCUUCAUAACCUGGCCCAGGCCGCUCACUGUGCAGCGCAAGGAAAGGUCGGCUCAGGGUUCGAUGUGGCAGCUGCGGUGUACGGUUCUUGUUUGUACAAGCGAUUUUCCCCGGCAAUUCUGGAGUCAGUGGGCGACGUCGGAUCUCCGGGAUUCGAUGAGCGAUUGUUUGCUGUUGUGGAGGAUGCCAAUCCCGCGCACCCGUGGGAUACUGAGUGCGUGGAUUUCGGUAUGCAGCUUCCCCGUGGGAUGCAGAUGGUUCUAUGCGAUGUCGAAUGUGGUUCUCAGACUCCCUCAAUGGUUAAGAAGGUGUUGGCCUGGAGGAAUGAGAACCGCAAGGAGGCCGAUAUUCUCUGGGCUAGUCUUCAGAACAACAAUGAGCGUCUCCGUCAGGAACUGAAGCGCUUGGCGCAACAUCCUGAUACUAAUGUAGAUGGCGAGUUUUCGGAGAUCCACACUUACCUCCAGCGUACUCGCCAUCACAUUCGCACAAUGACCCGCCGGACGGAUGUGCCUAUUGAACCGAAGGUGCAGACUGAGCUGCUGGACAGACUUACGGAGGUUGAGGGAGUGAUCGGUGGUGUGGUGCCUGGUGCUGGAGGAUACGAUGCGAUUGUGUUAUUGAUUCAGGACGAUCCAUCUGUGAUCACCCGGUUGAACGAGCAGUUCGCCAACUACGAGAGUGCUGUGGAAGAUGAUUUUGGAGGGAAGAUCGGAAAUGUCCGACUCCUGGGAGUGCGGCAUGGGUCUGAAGGGGUGAAGAAUGAAGUGUUGGAGCAGUAUGCGGGCUGGGUCUAG